AUGGCGACUGGUGGUGAACGUUUCUCAGAUUCAGUCAUACAGUCAUCCGAAGUGACAUCGUCAGAUAAAGUAUACAAAUUUGCUUGUUCUCCUUGUAAUGAAAUCGGAAACAGUUCGGAAGCAUUUUUCAAGUGUCUCAAUUGUCAGAAUUUCCUCUGUAUUAAAUGCUACGACGGGCACAACCAAUUUGUUAAAAAGCAUCACAUUGUUAAUGUCAACACGAAGGAGACAGGGUCGAGAAUAAUACAAAUGAAAGGGCAUACUUGUGAGGCACAUCAGGAAAAGCUGAUUGAAAUGUACUGCAAGGACCAUGAUGAGGUUUUCUGCUCUGCUUGCACAUUGAAACACAGGUCAUGUGGAGGUGUAGACUACAUUCCAGAUAUAGCUGGCAGUCUGCUUCAGGGGAAACUCAAGAAUGAAGUUAAACAAGAUUUAGAAAACAUAUCUACAGAACUUCUUAAGACAAAGUCAAGCUGCCAAAAUAUUUUGAGUAAAAUGAACACUGACAAAUAUAAAACAAUCAAUGAAAUGAAACAGUGUAAGGUAAGGUUGCUCAAAAGAAUCGAAGAAUGGGAACAAUCGUCACUUUUAAAUGUUGAAGAAAAAUAUCAGGGCAUAAACACAAAUGUCACUUCUGACCUGCAGAAUAUCAAUCACAUGUUGCAUGACGUCGAGAAACAGCUGUCAAAAAUGAGAGAAGGGAAGUAUGACGACGAUAUCGAUGAAGUUGUUACGUUAAAAGUUUCGGAACGUCAAGUGAAGGCGGUAAGGCCACGCAUAUCGGAAUAUGUGUGGAAACCUUUACAACACGUAGUCUUUCAGCCCAACUACUGGAUCGAAUAUCAAAAAAAUAUUGGAGAUUUAUCUGGUAAGAUGUUAUGUUUUGCCGUUAAAUUAGAUAUUUGGUAA